AGCGAAGCUUUCCAACAGGCCCUCAACACCAUCGAAGUCCAAGGCUCCUCCGAUGAAGACAACUACUCAGACUCGGGCUACGAGGAGAGUCUAAACUCGGCCUUCUCAACUUCGACUUCCAUGACUUCUUCUGUGCGCCAUUGGGAUUUUGAAAACGGCCGCCGCUAUCACGCAUAUCGUCAAGGCCAUUACCUCCUGCCCAACGACGAUGCAGAACAAGAGCGCGAGGACAUCAAACAUGCUACCGUUUUGACUGUUUGUGGUGGCAAGCUGCAUUUUGCGCCCAUACCUGAAGACGCUCCAGACACACGUAUUCUCGAUAUAGGAACAGGGACCGGCAUUUGGUGCGUCGAAAUAGGUGAUCACUAUCCUUCUGCUCAAAUCACCGGCGUAGACCUAAGUCCUAUCCAACCUGACUGGGUGCCUCCGAAUGUCAAUUUCAUGGUCGACGAUAUAGCAAGCGAAUGGCUGUAUCCCGAAAACCACUUCGACAUGGUCCAUGCCAGACACAUGGGUGUUGCUAUCAAAGAUUGGGAUCACGUCCUCAAUUCAGCAUACACACAUCUCAAACCAGGUGCAUGGCUCGAGUUUUGCGAAUUUGAUUACUGGCCGAGCUGCGAUGAUGGGACUAUGACCGAAGACAAUCUCCACUACAGAUGGCAUAAACUUGUGACUGAAGGCAUGAAGAAAAACGGUGUCGAUUUGCACGCUGCCUUGUCCUUGAAAGAUAGGAUAGAACGCGCCGGCUAUCAUAACGUGACUGAAAGGAUCAUGAAGGUCCCCCUAGGUCACUGGCCCAAAAAUNNCCCCCUCCUCAAAAAGGUUGGAAGCUAUAUGCAUGCUGUCCUCUACGACGGGCUCCAAGGCAUCUGCAUGGGCNNCCCCCUCACAAGAGGUUUGGGCUGGUCAAGGGAUCAGGUUGAGCUCUAUCUACCUGGAGUACGAAAGGAUCUAAACAAUAUGAGCGUGCACACUUAUUACAGUCUGCACGUAAUCACGGCUCAGAAGCCAUACCAUUGA